UGAGCGGCUGGGACCUUGAGGGCGGCCAGGCCAGCGGCGGAGCUCUGCUGGGAAACCGGUGAGCAGGGUCGGGGAGAAGCGACGCUGAGCCAUCGAACGCACCCGAAGAGGACAGGAGGGGCCCGGGAAGACAGCCCCGCAGAGCGUUCGCGCCAGGCCCCGACCGCUCUCGGUGGGUACCGAGCCCCCCCCCUCCCGGGGAGAAACGCGCGACCGGACACCGAGCGGGGAGGCGCGGGGGAGGAUCCAGCCAAGGGCCGCGGAGCCGAUCGCCGCAGCGCGGGCCCGGGACGGCCCCGCGGAGACCCUUCCCAGACCUCCCGGGCCGCCCGGAUGUGUACUAAAAUGGAACAGCCUUUCUACCACGACGACUCGUACGCAGCGGCGGCGGCGGGAUACGGUCGGACCCCAGGUGGCCUCUCUCUCCACGACUACAAACUCCUGAAACCCAGCCUGGCGCUCAAUUUGGCGGAUCCCUACCGAGGUCUCAAAGCGCCGGGGGCGCGCGGCCCGGGCCCCGAGGGCGGUGCGGCCGGCAGCUACUUUUCCGGUCAGGGUUCGGAUACGGGCGCGUCUCUGAAGCUCGCCUCUUCCGAGCUGGAGCGCCUGAUCGUCCCCAACAGUAACGGCGUGAUCACGACGACGCCCACGCCCCCGGGACAGUACUUCUACUCCCGCGGGGGUGGCACCGGUGGAGGCGCGGGGGGCGCGGGGAGCGGCGGCGUCACCGAGGAGCAGGAGGGUUUCGCCGACGGCUUUGUCAAAGCCCUGGACGACCUGCACAAGAUGAACCACGUGACGCCCCCCAACGUGUCCCUGGGCGCCAGUGGGGCUCCCCCCGCCGGUCCCGGGGGCGUCUACGCCGGCCCGGAGCCGCCUCCCGUCUAUACCAACCUCAGCAACUACCCCCCGGCGUCGGCUCCCUCCGGGGGUGCCGGCGCCGCCGUCGGGACCGGGAGUUCCUACCCGACGGCCACCAUCAGCUACCUCCCACACGCUCCACCCUUUGCCGGGGGCCACCCCGCACAGCUGGGCUUGGGGCGCGGCGCCUCGGCCUUUAAGGAGGAACCACAGACCGUGCCCGAGGCUCGCAGCCGCGACGCCACGCCACCCGUGUCCCCGAUCAACAUGGAAGACCAGGAGCGCAUCAAAGUGGAGCGCAAGCGGCUGCGGAACCGGCUGGCGGCCACCAAGUGCCGGAAGCGGAAGCUGGAGCGCAUCGCGCGCCUGGAGGACAAGGUGAAGACCCUCAAGGCGGAGAACGCGGGGCUGUCCAGCACCGCCGGCGUCCUCCGGGAGCAAGUGGCCCAGCUCAAACAGAAGGUCAUGACCCACGUCAGCAACGGCUGCCAGCUGCUGCUGGGGGUCAAGGGACACGCCUUCUGAGCGCCCCCCAGGUACCCCCUCCCCUGCCUGGACGGCUACGCGCACUCCACGCUGCCCACUGGGGACAAGGGGCACGGAGGUGGCCCGGCCCUGAGACCCCAGGGCUUCGCCAACCACACUGGACUCGGGCUUGCCCACGCUGCGCCCACUCCUUCCACCUCGACGUUUACAGGAUUCCACCUCUCCUUCAACAUUUUUUAAUUUUUUUUUCUGUUGGAAACAGACUCAAUUCAUAUUGAAUAUAAUAUAUUUGUGUAUUUAACAGGGGGAGAAGGAGGAGGGGGGCGAUCGCAGUGGAGCUGGCCCCGCUGCCCGGUACUCAAGCCCGAUGGGACACUAGGGAGAGGACCCCCGCCCCCUGCCCUCCUCCCCACUGCCCCCCUGCACCGUACUGUGGAAAAGAAACACGAACUUGCUCUCUCAAAGAGUUUAUUUUAAGAUGUGUUUGUGUGUAUGCGUGCGUUUGUUGUUCUUUUUAUUGAAUCUAUUUAAGUAAAAAAAAAAAAGGUUCUUUAUUAAAUUUUGUGGUCAUUUUUUCCAAGCCAGGAGGGUGGAGGGACGGACAGCAGUGGGCUAAUGCUUUUGUGGGUCCUGUUUGGGGCCCUUCGUCAGCUUUGUCCAGGCAUCGUAAGAUCCAGCGCAAGCCUCCAGCCCUCCACAGCGUUCCCAAUCUCCAGAGGCGGCGGCGGUGACCGCGGCCGGUCCAGCAGGA